AUGACAUCAAUAUAAUCUUCUUUCCUCUCUGAUCUGUCCAUAUCCACACCUUCCAAGACUCGGCAAUACUUCUACUCCCACCUUCUUACUCAUAACCAUCCUAGUUUGCAUAUUCGCUACCCCCCGAGUCUCCUCCCACAACACAACACCACCCCCCGGGCUGACACCACUCUGACACAAUACAACCACAGCCAAAAGCGACAGUGACAGCAACCAUACCAUGGCGGAGCAAAACCCCAAAAUCAAGCUAGUGCGCAUCGCACAUGUGUAUUACACACAUGCCGACCUCGCCAAGGCACGCGAAUUCCUCUUCGAUUUCGGCUUCACGGUAGCCGACGACCGGGGCGACACCGUGUACUUCAAGGGCUAUGGAACCGAGCCAUUCGUCUACUGCGCCAAAAAGGGUGAAGCCAACGAGUUUGGCGGUGCCGCCUUCGUCGUCGAAUCCAUGGCCGAUUUGGAACUUGCUUCUAAGACACUGCCGCAGGCCACAGGGAUCGAGGACUCGGACGCGCCCGGCGGCGGCAAGCGGGUGACAUUCCGGGACCCUGUCGACGGUUUCCCGUUCCACUUAGUGCACGGCCAGACCGCGGUUACCAAGUCAGCACACCUUCCAGAGCUGGAAUACAACUACCCCGAGGCCAAGCACCGAGCCGUCAACAAGAAGCAGCGCUUCAAGCAGGGACCCGCACCGGUGCACAAGCUUGGUCAUUUCGGAUGCUGCGUCACCGACUUUUCCAAGGCGUUCGAGUUCUACACUAAGCACUUCAACUUCAAGCCAAGCGACAUCAUCCAUGACCCCACGGGCAAGGACAUCACAGUAUUUUUCCAUCUGGAUAGGGGGAUGGAGCAGGUAGACCACCAUACUUUCUUCUUCUUCGAGGGUCCCAAAUACCAUGUCCAUCACUCCAGCUUCGAAGUCCACGACUUCGACAUCCAGUCGCUGGGACACCAAUGGUUGCGCGACAAGGACUACGACCUCGUCUGGGGCGUCGGGAGGCACGUCCUUGGCUCCCAAAUCUUCGAUUACUGGUGGGACCGCUCGGGAUUCGUCAUGGAACAUUACGUGGACGGAGACCUGGUUGACGAGACCACGCCAAUCAGCAGGUCGGCCGCCGGGCCGGACAGUCUGCAUGUCUGGGGGCCGCCGCUACCGGACACGUUCUUGCAAUGAGCUCGAGGUUGGAUGCAGAGGGUGUGUUGUUGUUGGAUAUUUCAUUUUUUUACCAGUUCAUUGGUCCCGGGCUGAGUGUUAUUGUAUCUCGGGAUUCGUCCGUAGUCAAGCGUAAGCAAGGUGUGUUUCGAACGGUUACUUCCACAGACCAACAGCUUCUUUCCAAGGGACAAUCUUGACCCCUUUAUCCCGGAGACGCUCUUCCACCUCCCUCUCAAUCUCUUCGGCC